CUCGAUCACAACCCUCAUAUUCCCGGACACUAUUACUCACGCGUAUCACCACCAACCACUACUUUCAGGCGCAUAUUCACGGCAACGCUGAGAACAAUUCUGCAUUAAGUUCUCAUUGACUAUCGUUGGUGUGUUCAUAGUUCGUUGUUCUGGGAACUCUCUCGCGUUAGACCAGGUGUGGAAGACUGAGAGCUCUAGAGUCUAGUUGGCAAGUUGCAAAAGUCUGUGAAAGUGGUGCAGUGACUGCAGUCGCUCAAAUAUGAGAGCCAUUAAAGGAGUACUUUUAACUUGUGACUCCGCUGUCAAGCAAAUACUGCUCACAAUGAACGAGAAGGAUCCUUUCGUCAUCGAGGAUCUAGAUGAUUACCAUCUGGUAAUAAAGGCAGAUGAAGAGUACAGAGUAAGGAGGGAGCUUGAAGCUGAGUUGGAGAAGAAUACAUACAGUCUAGAAGCAAACUAGCCAUCCUGCCAUCCCCUCCUCAUAGCACAGUAUAAAUGGUACCUGUACCUGACUGUCUCUUAACACAUUCCUGCCUGCUAUGCGUCACGAUUACUUACUCGCCCAGCUGAGGCCGUCAAGCCUGUUUAUGACGUUACGCGUAAUCUAUCGGAUUUUGGCUCGACUUGGUGCCCUGCCAUUGAAAAAAGCUCAAGCAUGGAGGAUGCGUGGUUUCUCUAAAACGCAGAUCACGGGGACCUAGGAGGGAAAUUCUAUGUGAUGGG